CAUAAAUUAUACACACGCACACACACAAAUACAAGCGUACAGUCGCAACAUCUUACAAAAAAUUGGAACUUAAUAUUUGCGCUGCUAAAUUUAAUAAUCCGAUUGACAUAUACACAGAUAUACUCGUAAUUUCAAACAGUUUGUCAGCUAUGAACGUUGUCGCAGCAUAAAUACUGUCGGAAGUGGUCGAAGUCAGAGCUAGUGGAGUCGACGGAGUCGGAGCAACGAAACCCAAUAAUGAUUGCAUCCGAAUCGGAGGCCAUCAAUUCAGCCACUUAUGUGGACAACUAUCUAGAUUCCGUAGAGAAUCUGCCCGACGAUGUACAACGCCAGUUGUCCAGAAUUCGUGAUAUCGAUGUCCAAUACCGAGGUUUAAUACGUGAUGUGGACCACUACUAUGACCUCUAUGUGUCGCAGCAGAACUCAACGGACACCAAUCGGCGUUCUCGCUCCAUUAGCCGAAUGCAUCAAAGUCUCAUACAGGCGCAAGAGUUGGGUGACGAGAAAAUGCAGAUUGUGAAUCAUUUACAGGAGAUCAUUGAUUCCAAGGUGCGGCAACUUGACACUGAUCAACAGAAUCUCGACCUGAAAGAUGAACGUGAUCCCUACAUGCUGCUAGACGAUGGUCCACCCUCGAAGCUACAACGCCUCCAAAGUCCCAUGUGUGAUCAAGGCAACAGCGCUGCGAACAGCGGAUUGAAUAGCAGUGGACUGGGCAACUCGGGCGGCAAUUCCUUGGGCAAGGAUCACUACGGUGCUGUGCCAUUUGGUGGCGUAGGUGUAGCCUCAGCGUCGGGCGUUAUGAGUGGGAAUGGUGGCAACUCAACGCCAACAUAUGAUCGCUCAGGGCAGCACCUGGGCAAUGGUGGCAACAGCCUCAAUGGAAACUAUUGCGGUGGUGGUGGCAACGAUCUGCAGCGUUCGGGAAGCAAACGUUCGCGUCGACGCAAUGAGAGCUUGGUCAACAAUGGCAGCUCCACGGAAAUGGGCGGCAACGAAUCGACGUCAGCGAACGAAGCGGGCAGCAGUGGAAAUGGACACAGCAGUGAUCGUAAAGGUUCCAUUAGCGGUGUUGGACAGCGCAAGAGUCAUGUACAAAUGUCAAGUGGAGGAAUUGCUGGUGGUGCUGCAGGAGGUGCUGGCAACGCCGGCGGCAGUUCGAGUAAGAAGAAGAAGCGUAAAGUACGUGGCGGUGGCGCUUCGAAUACAACGGCAAAUGCACGAGAGGAAACGCCUCCACCCGAGCCUAUUGAUCCGGAUGAGCCAACGUAUUGCGUGUGUAAUCAGAUAUCCUUUGGCGAAAUGAUACUCUGCGAUAACGAUUUGUGCCCUAUCGAGUGGUUCCACUUUUCAUGCGUGUCACUGGUGCUCAAACCGAAGGGCAAAUGGUUCUGUCCCAAUUGUCGUGGAGAGCGACCCAAUGUCAUGAAGCCGAAGGCGCAAUUCCUCAAGGAACUCGAGCGCUAUAAUAAGGAGAAGGAGGAGAAAACUUAAAACAAUGUUGUUAAUUACAGUUUUGUGUUGAACACAAUUAGAUAUUAAAUCCCCCCCCAAACUAUGUAAAUUAUUCGCUUCUUAAAUAUUGUAGUUACAUUAACUCUGCUUUCUCUCCCCUCUAUUACUCUUAUUGUUUAUUUGGUCCCCUUGCCCCUUGCACACACACUAUACACAGUGAUUAGAGAGGUUGCUGAUUUUGAUUUCAAGUAUUUGUAUAAACAUUUACGCUACCUUAUUGUAUAAGCUUACAUUUAAUAAACAUUAACAUUCAUUCUAAAUGUCAAAAUGUAGUAGAGUAUGUGGGAUUGUUAAUUAAAAAGAAAGGCUCAUAGCUAAAUUGGAUUUAAUCAUUUAAGAGACGGACACACUAAGGACACCCAGUUAUAAA